AUUUCAUGUGCAUUACUAUUGCAUGUGAGGCUUUCUGUUGUGCAGGAACAUAAAUCUGUAAUUUAGCUUGUUGUUGUUGCAAGUACUUUGCUGAAACAACCCUGAAAGAGCAAAUUAAAUUAGCUUAUAUUCUCCUAAAUUAUUUAAUAAUGGCAUUUACUGUUAUUGCACUUUAUUACAUCCAAGAUUUUUACAUCAAUUAUCUAUAAUAUUUUGGAUGUCCAGAAAGAAUUAAUAGUUUAUGUUUAGGAAUUUCAGGAAUCUAUAGAAUGAGUUUUGUUCUUACAAUAUUUUACAUUACAAUUCUAAUAUUUAUGUUUUAGAAAGGGUGGUUGGCAAAAAUGAUAAAUGAUGGUUUGUGGUUGUUAAAAUUCAUGUAAAAUAAAUAAAAUAAAAUAGUUUUAUUGCUGUAUUUUUUUAUGGAACACUCUAUAUGCCCAAUAAAUUCUUUGAAGUCUAUGUUGAUAUAAGUAUUGUAGCUUCUGGAAUUUAUUUGCUAUUUUAAAUAAUUAUUUACAUAGAUAUAUUUUAUUUAUGGGCUGAAAAAUGGGCUAGAAUGUAUGAUGAUGGAGUAGAAGGAAUGGGUUCAGCAUUGGUAGCUGCAGCUUCAUUAACAUAUACAUUAGCUUUAAUUCUAAAUAUUUAUAACUUUAUUUGGUUUGAUCAUAAUUAUUUCAUCAAUCUCAUCAAUAUUACAAUUAUCGUAAUACUAACAAUAGUGUAAUUAUUUGGAUUUAAUCCUUCUGGAUCUUUAUUAGCAACUGGAUGUAUUUCUUGUUAUAUAACUUACUUUACUUUCAGUGCCCUAUCAAGUUAUCCAAGUGCAGAUAUCAAUAUAUUUUAUGAUUCUGAAAAAAAUAUGAAGAUAUAAAUGUAUGUGAAUGGAAUAUUAAAUUUUAUUUCAUUAUUAUACAUCAUUUUUGCCACCUAAGAAUCAAGCAAAUAAGCAUUAGUUAUCUUAGAUAAAUCAAGUGAAAAGAAGAGAUCAAAUUUAAAUUUAAAUUAAUAAGUUGAAAUUGAAAUGACAUCUACUUAAUAAAUGAAUGAAGCUAAAGCUUUAAUCGAAUAAAUUGAACUACAACCUUAUUCAACUAAUCAAUAUAUUGUAUUUCAUAUUGUCAUGGCAUUUUGCUCUAUGUAUAUGUCUAUGAUGAUUACUAAUUGGGGUAGUCCAAGUAUUAGAAUUGAUACAUUUGAAAUUUUUAUGCCAAGUUAAUUAAGUUAUAAUGUCAAAUUAGGUUCCAGUUGGAUUUGUUCUGGCUUAUAUUUUUGGACUUUAAUUGCUCCUAAAAUUAUGCCAAAUAGAUUUAAUUGAUUUAUUAUAUCAUCAAGUUUUAUG